AUGGUCAAGGGAGAGUUUUCCUUAAGUGGCGAGCGCUUGGAUAUAACACAGAGGCUGAUCCAUCGGUAUUACAAUGGCAGUCUUUCGACACAAAAGGACGUGAGCGAUGUUGACCUGAACUCGGAAAGUGACGAAAAUUGCAACAAAAACGGCGAUGUUAAUAAUGAGAACAUGGACGAAAGUGGCGGAGGCACGUUUCGCAAACUUGCAUCCAUGGCGAAAAGAUUCUUUAGCAGAGACUACGAUCGCAACGUGCUCAUCGAGAAACUAACUCAGGAAAAACAACACGCCACAUCGUAUGAAGAGUGGUUAGCCGCUGCGUUGAGCCUUGACGAGCUGACACGUACCAACGAAUGGAAAGUUCGCAAUGAAACAGCCCUUUAUGACUACAAAUUGAUUGAAAAUCACACCGAAAACAUGCGCCAAGCUCGCUUGAACCGCGACUAUGCACAACUGCUGUAUCUAAUAAGGACCACAUGGAUCCGGAACCUAGGAAACAUGGGAAACGUCAACCUAUACCGGCACUCUCAUGUGGGAACAAAAUACCUAAUUGAUAAUUACAUGCGAGAAUCCAAACUGGCAUUACAAGAGUUAGUACGGCACUCCGAUUUGGACGAAAACUAUCUCUUAGGUAUGCUCGUGCAGACUCGUAAGAACAUCGGAAGGACCGCACUUGUUCUAAGCGGAGGCGGGACUUUUGGUCUUUUUCACAUUGGGGUUCUCGCGACCCUUUUCGAGCAGGACUUAUUACCACGGGUUGUGAGUGGCAGCAGCGCAGGCGCUAUUGUUGCAAGCAUUUUGUGUUCUUGUCACAAGAGAGAGAUAGUCGGUCUUGUUGAAAGUGUCUUGGAGAAAGAGCUAAAUAUCUUUCAGGAUGAUUCAGAAAAGACACAGGGCGAGAACCUUUUGAUCAAGAUCUCUAGAUUUUUCAAAAGCGGUACUUGGUUUGACAACAAAAAUCUGGUGAAAACCAUGAUUGGUUUUCUUGGCGAUUUGACAUUUCGAGAAGCUUACAACAGAACAGGAAAGAUCUUGAACAUUACAGUAUCACCAGCGUCUGUUUUUGAGCAACCAGGUUUGCUAAACAAUUUAACUGCCCCUAAUGUUUUGAUCUGGUCGGCAGUGUGCGCAUCUUGCUCCCUUCCAGGAAUCUUUCCAUCUACUCCACUUUAUGAAAAAGAUGCAAAAACUGGGGAAACCAGGGAGUGGAACAGUAGUACAGUCAAAUUUGUAGAUGGAUCGGUGGACAACGACCUUCCAAUCUCGAGACUCUCUGAAAUGUUCAACGUUGAUCACAUCAUUGCAUGCCAAGUCAACUUACACGUGUUUCCAUUCCUCAAAAUGUCGGUCUCUUGCGUGGGCGGCGAGAUUGAGGAUGAAUUUAGUGCUCGAUUUCGACAAAACCUGUCGUCCGUUUACAAUUUUGUCUCAAACGAAAUUAUACACGCUCUUGAAAUUGUUACCGAACUAGGUAUUGCGACAAAUGUUCUAACUAAAUUUAGAUCAAUUUUAUCUCAACAGUACUCCGGCGAUAUCACGAUAUUGCCUGACAUGAACAUGCUUCUCCGAAUGAACGAACUACUAGCAAACCCUUCUACCGAUUUCUUGCUACGAGAGACGGUAAAUGGUGCUCGUGCAACCUGGCCAAAGAUAUCCAUCAUCAAAAACCAUUGUGAACAAGAGUUCGAACUGGACAAAGCUAUAUCAUACUUGAAAGGAAAAAUAAUAUCAAGUCCUUCAUUCACAACUAAAAAUCCAUUCCAAUUCACUGAUUUAUCCAUUUCACUAAUCAAUACCCCAGAAAUGCCUAGUAACGACGGUGAACUACCCAACGUUUUAGAUGACACCAUACUAAACCCUCACGCAACAGACAGGAUACUAGUAAUCAACGAUAAUUCUAAAAGACCCCAUUCUUAUGGCAAAACCAGCAUAUCUAUCGCAGAAGCAAGCAAAUCUAUGCACCACCAUCGCCGCAAAUCAGAUUCAUAUGCAAAGGGAAAGAGUACUUCGCGGUAUAGUCUUUCUCACCCAGGAACAACAAGCUCUCACAUAUCAACAAAGUUACUACCAACUUUAAUGGGUUAUAGCCCUAGAAUGGAUAGGAAGAAAAGUGUAGGUCAAUUACCAUUCGCUGCUAAUGCCACAUCAAUAUUUGAUAGCAAUUUGAGGUUAGAAUCCAAAAGGCAUAGUAACAGCUUUACCACUCUAAAUGGACAAAAAAACACUAACAUCUAUUCGUCGAAUAGAACCAAUCCUCCUUCACCUCUCUCAGCUCCAAUAAGCACCGCUGUUAAAGAUACGUCUAGAAAAGGUUCGGUUUCUUCAUAUGAGUCCCCUCUCAAGUCAUAUUACAAAAGAGGUGCCAAGCAGCACAAAGGUAGGGCGCCUGCGCUUAACCGCUCAAACACCAUUAGCACAUUAAAAACAAAGAACACGGGUAAGACGAAAGUUGGCACGAAACAAGACCUGAAACCCAUGUCAAACUUGGAUGAUGAUUCUGUAGAUCCGGCGCAAACCGAAGAUAGCUCGGAAUUAGAGAAAGAAGGCAGUAGCUAA